AGAAGACUCAUGUGUAAAAUGGUAUAUGCCUGGUCUAAUAAUACCGUUUUUCUCAGACAUGCAUGUCAAGUGAUAGCCUUGGCGGGAAAGAUGGGUGUGUCUGCUGCUUACAGCAUGAUCUUUGUGUUCUCCACUGAGCUGAUCCCCACUGUGGUCAGGAACAUGGGCUUAGGAGUCGUCUCCACAGCUGCACACAUAAGCACCAUCAUUUGUCCCUAUGUGAUCUACACGGGUGUGUACAGCAAGAUCCUGCCAUACCUUGUUUUUGGCACAAUCAGCAUCAUGGCUGCUGCUAUUACCAUGUUGCUGCCAGACACCAGAAACAGCAAACUUCCUGACCUCAUCAGGCAGGCCAAAACCAUCAGAGGCUGCUGCUGUCCAAAGGAAACAGCUGCAGCCCAGCCACAACUGAAAAGGCUGUAAAGAAAUGAGUAACAGCGCCCUCUGCUGAAAGGAAAUCACACAGCAAGAGUGGAGUGAUCACAGACAAAAGCAAAAUAAAUGCAUAGUAUUUCUGUUUUCUGAUGUGUUGGGCAGACAUUGUUAUUUAUUAGAGAGAGCCUCUGAGUUUCUCAGGUCUUCACACAGUACAGAAUGAGAUAAUUAGUUGCAUUUAUGUCAUCUUGAAAUAUUUGUAGCUGGAUUACAUUUUCUCAAACCAAGGCUAUAGUUUAUUGAGGACAAAACUGACUUUAAGGUUUAGAACACACACAGGGCUAUGUAAUGCAGUUGUAGCCUACUCCAUUUAGGCUACACACAAAAUAAACUGUAAAUUGCAUAAUUUUGUCCAAUAUACUGUAUGUACACAUGUAACAACUGAUAUUUAAAAUGGGUAUGUUUAAUAAGUUCCAGGAUUGUAGGCCUGCAUUGUAUGUUUUGGUGGUCUUGGACUAUAAAUAUGUCAUUUUUGUGACCAUUCUGUGGGCUCAGCUGGAGAGGGCACACACACGAGCCACGCAUUUUAUUUUGUAAACAAGGGCAGAUCAUUAUUCUUUCAAGGGGUUCAGAAUGUAUAGCUUUGCAACUGAUUCUUGUACCACAGGUGGUCUUCUCAUAAACCUGGAUUACCAGCUGGUCAAAG